AUGAAGCUAACACUUCACAGCUGGCUGUUGCUUGUUAGUGUGUCUUCUUCGCUCGCUAAGGACAGUCUAGAUCUGCCACUAUGUCCCACCAGCCCACAAUAUUUCCCUCAGAGCCUCCCAAUGCAUUGCAGGUUGCCUAGACAAGCAAAUCCCGGGGAUUUUUCAGAUUUACCACAAUACCCGACUUUACCUCCCAUACCUGACUCGUUCUUUCAAAGUCUACCUCCAGAUAAGCAACCUCCUCCAAUUCCAAUUCCAAUACCACCUUUCCCAGGAAUGCCCAUGCCAGGACACAUGGCUCCACCUGGCGCACCGAUGCCUGGUCCUAUGCCAGGAAUGCCUGGUCCUAUGCCAGGAAUGCCUGGAAUGCCUGGUCCUAUGCCUAUGCCAAUGCCGAUAGUAGGAGGAGCCCCACACAAACUGCCAGUCAUAGUCAUGCCCUUUUACUCUCAAGACCACUCAUUUAAAAACCCGGAACAUGUCAAUAAAAACAAAAGGAAACCGCCACGUAAACAUAACAAAAAUAAAAAGAAAGAUUCUGACACAGAUGACGACAGUUCUAGUGAUCGGUCAUCUACAUCUGAUGGUACAUCAUCAGAGAGUUCCAGCGAGUAUGGGUUCUGGAAGGGACGCCGAUCUGCGCGAAGGAACAUGGCAAGAAAAGCAACGCGACGGCACAAAACGAGGAGGAGACAAUCCAGAAACAAGAAGGACCUCCUCACUCCCAUUUUACAAUACGUUACAAAAGACGGAUAUGUGAUAUUUGAAAAACAAAUAUCGAAAAGUGAAGCAAGUGACUGGUUGAAACCAAAAGGUGAAAUUAGUUUGAUAGAAGAGAGAGAUGAUGUGAAGGAAAGGAAUGGGAGGCGGUUGGUAGAGAGAGAAAGAACUGAGAAACCUAAAACUGAAAAUAAUCCUCCUCAGAAGCACGUUAAAGAUAAACGCAGAAACCCAGAAAAUAUGAUGAAGAGGGAAGAGAAAAGUAAUGAAUCCGGAGAGACAGGAACAGGAAAUGCAAAAAGGAUGAUUAAAGUUAACAAACACCGCCCUAUGAAAGUAAAUGCAUUAGUUAACUAG